AUGUCUAUCCGUCGAGAUUUUCUUACUGCACAGGCUCCAGAGAAUUAUGUUGCAGGUCUUGGAAGAGGUGCUACAGGAUUUACUACAAGAUCUGACCUUGGACCUGCGCGUGAAGGUCCUUCAGAAGAUGCAAUUAAGGCAGCUUUAGCACGACGUGCUGCUGCUCAAGAUCCAUUUAGGUUUUCUGACUUUCAAGAUGUCAAUGAUACAAGGGAAGAUGAAGAUGAAGAUAAAUAUCAGGAUCCGGAUAAUGAUUACUGUCUUUUUGCAGGGGCACCAUAUGAUGCAGACGAUGAAGAAGCAGAUCGUAUAUGGGCUGAAGUAGAUCAAAAAAUGGCUCAACGGAGAAAAUCACGUAGAGAAGCUAAAGAACGUAAGGAAACAGAACGUCUUCUUCUUACAGAAAGGCCAAAAGUUCAGGAUCAAUUUGCAGAUGUUAUACAGGGGUUAAGUGCAAUAACAGAUGAAGAAUGGUUGAAUAUUCCAAAUGUUGGGGAUUUGACUGGAAAAAAAAGGAAAAAAGUUAGUCCGCACGAAAGAUUUUAUACAAUACCAGAUUCUCUUAUUUCUCGUGCAAGUCAAGUAGAACAAUUAGAUACUAGUAUUGAUGUUACAGAAACGGAAACAGAGUUUAAUGAUGGAAAAAUGACAAAUUUUGCAGAAAUUGGUGCUGCAAGAGACAAGGUUCUUGGAUUAAAAUUAGAUCAAAUAUCAUCUGAUUCUGUCACUGGACAGUCUACAGUGGAUCCACAAGGAUAUCUUACAUCAAUGAAUUCUAUGGUUUUAAAAAGUAAUGCUGAACUGGGAGAUAUUAAACGUGCACGUUCGUUAAUGCAGUCUUUGAUUAAAACAAACCCAAAUUCAGCAGCUGGAUGGAUGUCUGCUGCUCGUAUAGAGGUUGUAGCAGGAAAAUUGCAACAAGCAAGAAAUAUUAUUGCUAAAGGCUGUGAAAAUUGUCCUACAAAUGAGGAUAUUUGGAUUGAAGCUGUGGGCCUUAAUAAUGCUCAAACAGGAAAAUUGAUUAUAGCUGAAGCUGUACGACAUAUUCCGAAUUCUGUAAGAUUAUGGCUCCAGGCAAUAAAACUUGAAACAGAAAUUGAAUCAAAGAAAAGAGUUAUUCGAAAGGCUAUUGAUAUUAUACCUUAUUCUGUAAAGCUUUGGAAAGAGGCUGUAAAUUUAGAAGAAAGUCCUGAAAAUGCUAAAAUUUUACUUGCAAGGGCUACUGAACUUAUUCCUUUAUCUACAGAAUUAUGGCUUGCUCUUGCGCGUUUAGAAACAUAUGAAAAUGCUAAAAAAAUUUUAAAUAAAGCACAAAAUACUAUAAAAACAAGUUAUGAAAUUUGGGUUGCUGCUGCCCGUUUAGAAGAACAACAAGGAAAUGAUCCUGAUAGAGUUAUAGCAAAUGCAUGUCGUCGUCUUCAACAAAAUGGUGGAAUGUUAACGAGAGAACAAUGGUUAGCAGAAGCAGAAAAAUCUGAAAAAGAUGGUGGUACUAAAACAGCAAAAGCUAUCAUCAAAGCAGUUUUAGAUCAAGAUUUAGAUGAAGAAAAUAAAGAGUCAACAUGGAUAAAUGAUGCUGAAAAUGCAAUUUCUCAUGAAUGUUUUGAAUGUGCACGUGAAAUAUAUGCAUAUGGAUUAAAGGUAUUCCCGAAAAAUGAAAUAUUAUGGAAAAAAGCUAUUUCAAUUGAAAAAUCAUAUGGAAAUAGCGAGUCUUUACAAGGUGUUUUGGAAAAUGCUGUAGAAGCAUGUCCACAAGCAGAAGUAAUUUGGUUAAUGUAUGCAAAAGAAAAGAAAAACUUAGGAGAUAUACAAGGUGCUCGUGAUAUUCUUGAAAGAUCAUUUUCUCAUAAUCCUAAUUCUGAAGAAAUUUGGUUGGCUGCUGUAAAAUUGGAAUAUAAUAAUAAUGAGAAUGACAGAGCUAGAGCACUCUUAAAAGUUGCGAGACAGGAAGCUAGUACUGAAAGAGUUUGGAUAAAAUCUAUAACAUUUGAACGUCAAUUUAAUAAUACAGAUAUUGCUCUUCAGCUUGUAAAUGAUGCAUUAUUAUUAUUUCCAAAAUAUGAUAAAUUUUGGAUGAUGAAAGGACAAAUAUAUGAAGAUUUAGGAAAGAUAGAGCAAGCUAGAGAGACAUAUCAAAUAGGUACAAAAUCUGUUCCGAAAUCCGUUCCACUCUGGAUUUUGCUUUCUAAAUUAGAAGAAAGUGUAAAUAGAAUUGUUAUUGCUCGAGGGGUAUUAGAUCGUGCACGACUAGCUUGUCCUCAAACACCAGAGCUUUGGGUUGAAUCAGUAAAAUUAGAAUUAAGAGUAAAUAAUAUAAAUCAAGCAAAAUCAAAUAUGGCUAAAGCUCUUCAAGAGUGUCCAACAAGCGGGCUUGUAUGGUCAGAAGCAGUAUGGAUGGAACCUAGGUCUCAAAGGAAAACUAGAUCUGCAGAUGCUUUAAGGAAAUGUGAAGAUGAUCCAUAUAUACUUACUACUGUAGCAAGAAUGAUGUGGAAUGAAAGAAAGAUAAGCAAAGCUAAAAUAUGGUUUCAAAGAGCUAUUAAAUCUAAUCCAGAUAUUGGUGAUACAUGGGCAUGGUAUUAUAAAUUUUCAUUACAGCACGAGCCUAUUGAGUUACAACAGUCUCUUAUUUCAGAAUGUAUUGCAGCAGAACCAUUGCAUGGUGUCGUUUGGCCUACUGUUUCAAAAAAUAUACAAAAUUUUAGGCUUAGUAUAGAAGAAAUAUUAAAAAAAGUAGCUGAAAAAAUUUCAUGA